AUGUCGACGCCCGGUUCUUCAGCAGUGCCGCACGCCUAUGAAGUCGGUUUCGCGCAUUUAAUGGACAACAAGUACUAUAUCCUCGCAUCGUCGCUAAUUAACAUAUAUGACCACCUCCUCACUUUCGACGAGGAGGUCAAGUAUAUCUGGCAGGCGAAAAUCAGCUUGCCGACCUGCUGCUUUUUUGUCUUUCGCUACGUUCCUCCUGUCGUCUCCAUCGUGAAUUUCUUCGCCGACCAUGACCCGCGGUUUACUGGAUCAGUCUGCAGUAGCUGGAUAUGGCUUCCAGUCACGAAUGCCCCCAUCGUCAGCGCAAGCACAGGUGUUAUAUUGAUAUUGCGCGUAUAUGCCAUCUACAACCGGGCACGAUGGGUCCUGGUCCUUCUUUCUGCAAUAUUCCUUGGCGAGAUUGCAGUCAUGCUCUGGUCGGUCCCAGGCGGUUCCCCCGCGGUUCUUCCACCAGGCUGGGUUGGCUGUCUCCCAUCAAAGAAACCCGGCACCGGCAACAGACUGUCGGCUAUGUUUAUGGCGGCCCUCGUGUUCGACUCGAGUGUGUUCUUGCUCACCCUCGGUAGAAGCAUCUACUUGCGGUUCAAAAAUUCCACGGUGGGCCUUAUACAGCUUAUCGUGAGGGAUGGUAUCAUUUAUUUUUUCAUCAUCUUCAUUGUCAACCUACUCAAUGUUUUCCUUCUUACGCUUGCCCCGGAUGACAUCGGCGCGAUAAAUACCCCAUUCGCAUCCUUACUCAUGUUCAACCUCCGCUCCGCGUCGCGCUCGACGCAGUAUAUCUCCGGCGCGCGCACGAAUCGGAGUACCCAGGGCGACGUCGGAGAGUGGCAAGUACGGCACGUACGAAGUACAGUGCUCGACACGUCGCGCAGCGGCGGUAUCACUAGCGGCGUCGUCAGUGCGGGCUUCAUUGGGGUCGACGAAUUCGAUGUGCCGCUAGACGCGGGAUGGUCGGAGUCGGAGUCGACCGCGGGCGAGAGCACCACUGCCGCUGGUCAGCACAUGGAGAUGGACGGACUGCGGGACCGCACAGUGAGAGAUGAUACGACGUGA